CAGACUCAUUCUCACUGGAUUGCUUGACGAUCUGCUUCAACAUGAAGACCCUUCCUGUCAGUUUGCUCCUGGUGCUGUUUACCUGGACCGUGUGUGUGUGGGCUGACAGGGGAAGACAGAAGCGUGCAUGGAUCAUGAAGUCUUUCACUAUUGAGGAAGAAAACCCUGGUCCAUUUCCAUAUAUACUAGGCAAGAUUGAACUUGAAAGGUCUUAUUCAGUCAGAUACGUGCUUAAGGGUCAGGGUGUGGAUUUAGAGCCAACGGGUAUUCUCAAUAUUGAUAAAGAAGGAUAUGUUUUAGUAUAUGGAAAGGUUGACUUUGAAGGAUUUAAAGUUCUCAAAUUGAUAUUUGAAGCAAUAAACUACUCAAACACUGAAGUGGAUACAAGGCUCGGGGUUAAUAUCAAAAUAUUGGACAUAAAUGAUCACGCUCCAGAAUUUCAGCAGACAGUCUAUCAAGUGACUGUAAAUGAGUCAGAACCUCAAGGUAAAGAAGUACUGACAGUACUGGCAUCUGAUGAAGAUGAUUCAAGUACAAACAAUGGAACAUUUGAUUUAACAAUCAAGUCUUUCACACCAAAAACAGAUAAUGUUGAAUUUUAUAUUCAGCAGCAAAAAGGACAAAAGUAUGGGACCAUUUAUUUUAGAGGGUGUUUGGACUAUGAGAAAGCUCAGACAUAUACAAUCCUGGUUGAAGCAAAGGACAAAGGGGAAAAGAUAGAAUUGUCAAGUACAAGUACGGUGAUAAUCAAUAUUUUGGACGGAAACAACAAUCUUCCAGGGUUCUCUGGCAAAACAGGAUCUGGGAAGGUCAAGGAGCGAGAAACUGGAGUUGAAGUUCUGCGACUGCAAGUAACAGACAAAGACACACGUGGUUCAAAAGCCUGGAAAGCCAAAUACACUAUCCAUGGAGAUAAAAAAGAGCAAUUCAAAAUUGAAACAGACCCUAAUACAAACGAGGGGAUUUUAACAGUUGUUAAGCAAAUGUACUAUGAGGAGCAAACAUACCAAAAUCUAUCCAUCAGAGUGCAGAACGGAAUUCCUUACUUUUCCUGUAAGGUCAAAAAGCAAGUACCGAAGCUCAACAACAGUACUUUUCAGCACAACAGUACCUGGGAGCUCGACAAAAUACCUCAAAACUCUGGCACGAGUGUUGAAAACCUCUAUAAUACCAUUACAGUAACCAUUUAUGUUGAUGUCAAUGACCCUCCAGUAUUUACACCCUCUGUUAAACACGUUCACAUAAUGGAGAACAUAGCAGCAGGAACAAGUCUUACAACCUUCACUGCUAAAGACAUGGAUGGAAGCCAUAUAAACACAUUUAAAUUUGUUAAAGGUGAAGAUAUUGAUGGGUGGAUAACUGUUGAUGCAAAGACUGGACUAGUAUCCACGAAUAAAAUUCUGGACAGAGAGUCACCAUUUGGGAUAAAUGGCACCUAUAGAGCAACCCUAUAUGCUGUGGAUGAUGGUGUCCCGCCGCUGACAGGGACUGGAACUCUAUUUAUUCACCUAAAUGAUGAAAAUGAUAACGUACCAAUGCUAGAAGUGAACACAGUCAACGUGUGUCUGGAUACAGAGCCCACAGUGGCCAACUAGGGUUGGGAAUUGUCAGAAAUUUUCCGGUUCCGAUUCCGGUUCCACCAAACGGUUUCGGUUCCGGUUCCCAUUCAUUAAAAAAAUAUUAGUAAGAGAAAAAUCCACAAUCAUUUUUGUGUUUAUCUCUUAUAGUACUUGAGAAAUGAGUUUAACAGACUGGUAAUGUAAACAAAUUAAAAAUAUUAUCAAGCAAUUUUUGCACAAAAAAAAAAAUUCUGAAGAAAAAAAAAAAACUGCAUUCUAUAGAAUAAUUUAGGACCUCUCCUUGCUUAUUGUAUCUCCAACAGUGAUUCCCUCUCAGAAGUGGUAGAAUGUGCUUGAACACACAUGUAAGAUGUAUAUAGAACAGAUUAUUUUUUUAACGGUUUGAAUGAUUGAUUCAUAAAGACUUUACUUAUUUAAUUACUGGAUAAA